GAUUGGCCAGUGUCCUGAGGCGGGCUCGCACGGCGGCGGGAUGAGGACCAGCGAAGUUGCUGCCCUGAGGGUGGUGUCAAGAUGGCGGCCGCGGGGCCGCCGCUGACAUGGGAUAUUCCACCAAAAAAUGGCCAAGAAGUAUUUUUCUCCCAUGAACUUUAUGAAAAACAUUCCUUGUCUCUGAGUCUCUCUGAACUCUGGCAUUUAUCAAACAGAGAGGCAAAGAAAAAUGCAGAGGCAUUGGCAAACUCUUCAGAAAACAAACAGGCUUGUAGCCUGCAGGCUGCAGAGUCACUUGAGGUGGAGGCUAAAAGCCCAGCUGAUGACCAUCCUCUCCCAGAACCCAGACUCCCCUACCCAUUUACCUCUUGUUUGACUGAGAAGGAGCAGAAGACUUACUUGUAUCUGAUGACUAAGUUCUCAAAAAAAAGAAACCAUUUCCAAGUUAAUGAAGCAAGUCAAAGGGAAUUUUUCACAUAUAUGCAAAUGAAAGAAGUAGUAAACAAUGAAAUUGCAGAAUUUAUGAAAUUUGCCCAAAACGCUGCCAGGAGCUGUGCCCAGGAUUACAAUGCCAUCUCUGAAGAUGCCCUGCGUUACACCGAGGAAUUGCUACGGGCACGUAUUGGACAUGUGCAGAAGUAUCCAGAGUUUUACACCCUGCAGGAGAUCAUGAGUAUCAUGGGAGGAAAGUUUCAUACACAGCUGACCUUUAAGCUGGAAAAAAAUCUUCUUGCAAUGGGUACAGCAAGACGUGGUAAAACAGAUUUCCCUUCCAUGCCUGUUCAGCUGCCCACUGAUUAUAGCACUGUCACAUCUAUGAUAACCCCAGAAAAAAGGGCUCAUGUGAUGCAUCAUGAUAUUAGUUCAGAUUCAAAUGCAGAAAAACUUGCUUUGAAAUAUUGUCCUCAAGUUGUUUUAAGUGAUCAGUCGUUAUUUACUCUACUGAAUAAUCAUGGACUGAACUACAAGGAACAGUGGGAAAUUCCAGUUUGUGUUAAAAUGAUCACUGUUGCAGGUAGCAAACCAGCUAAAGUGGUUUAUGUUGAUCCACCUCUGCUGAGAAAAGAAAUGACAGUACGAGAGAGGAAUCAAAUCUUCCAUGAAAUUCCAAUGGAUUUCCUAGCAACUAAAACAUCUUAUGUUCCAGUUUCUAAUGUAUCCAUGGACAAACCAGCUGAGGACAACCUGCUUCAGUGGGAUGUGUGUUCUGACACCUACCAGUGCAGGACAAUUCCUCCUCCAGAUGACACUGGGAUGGACUUCGAUGAUGAUGUUACAGAGCUUGAGACUUUUGGAGCAACAACCAAGCUCUCAAGAACUUGUAAAAUGGAAACUACUUUUCCUACAUCUAGUAACACUGCUAACGUUUUAUCUCACGGCCUAAAAAUGGGGGGAAAGAAUUCAUCUGCCAUAAACAGAGGAGAUGAAGAAGAGAAAACCACCCUUUCUGAGCAAGAAGGUUCAGCACGUGCCAGCGUGCAGCUUCCAUCGUUGGAUGGCAUCCCAUGCUGCAGCCCUCAAGAACAUUCUCCCUGUGAAAGCUUUCAGUCAGUGGAGGUAGGACUGAGCAAAGCACAGGAUGUCAUGACCAAGGAAGUAUUGGACAGUGAAACAAAAUUAAAUGCUCUACCUGUUGCAGUGAGCUCUGAGAAAGAGCCUGAUGCUGCACAGAAAAAAGAGACUUACAGUUCUUUAUGUGGCAGUGACACGGAUGAAGAGCGUUUGGUGAUCGAUUCAGACUGUGAAGCCACGGCUGCUUGCAAACCAGCUGUGCCAACCACUGUUUCCUCUACCUCAGCAGAGACUGCCAGAGCUCCUUGCCCUACCCAGAGUCCUUCAGCAAGGAUCACUGACUGCUCAGAUACCACAGAUCAGGGGAAAAAAGCCUCCAAGAAACCUCCAAGAAAGUUAUCCAAAGAAUUGGAUCCUGUCGGGCAAAUUUUGAAAAUGCAAACUGAACUUCUCAAGUCCCCUUCCCAAAAAGCUCAUGAACCACUGGUGAGCUGUGAUAUUCCUAAUGCUGUCCCAGCCCAGCUGCCUCAGUCUCCAAAAACACUGGUGACCUCCAGCACAGAAACUGUGCCAGCCCCAGCCUCCAAUCCCACCGGCUCCUCUAGAAAUACCUGGACGUGGCUUUUUGAGGGGAUGCCAAAGACAAAGCUGCCAAGUGAACUUCAGCUGCUUGAAGAAGACCCUUCAGAGUACCAAGCACCUGAGGAAGGCAAUGUUGUGUACAAGCUCUUCAGUUUGAAUGAUCUGUUGUUACUCGUGCGUUGCAGCGUGCAGAAAGUCAAGUCACUGCCACAAUACCAGAAAAAGAAAAAAGCCCAAAAGCCAAUUCCCAUUUUCCUGUUGCCAAAACUAGGGUACCAAGCCUACUACGGUGUGGAAGCUCUUACAGAAAGUGAAGUGUGCCAGCUGUGGACACAGAGUAUGCUGCAUUCCAAAUGCUUCUUUUAUAUUGGACAUAUUGAUGCUUUUACAUCAAAGCUUAUUAUGCUAGAAAAGAUUUCUCCAGCAACUUUAAGAGAAAAACUUGGAUUGAUUAAACCUGCAAAUUCAUUAAAUAUACUUCAUCAUGUUUUGAAGAAGGUGUCAGAUUUGGAGGAGGGAUCUUAUUUAUUGACUCACGCUGCAGGAGAUUCAUCAGUUGCAAUUUACAAGAGUUCUCUUGACAAGAGCACAAGGUCAUCCUAUAACUUGCACAAAGCUCACUGUGAUCUGCCUGCUGUACCUGCCACUCUCUCAGUGCCAUGGGUUCCCCUGGACCCCAGCCUCCCUUUGCCCUACCACAUAGUUCAUGGAAGAGUUCCAUGCACCUUUCCACCUGCACCCUGGGAAGGGUGGAAACAGAAGAUGGCUGGGGUGAAAGGACAGUGGGACACACCCCAUGAGGGAAGGCCAGUAGCUAUGGAAACCAAAGGCAAUCCAGCUAAGCCUGCUAGAAAUGAAGGUGUGGCUCCAAAGAAGCUGAGGAAGAAUUUCUGCAAGCAAAGAAAAGUGAAGAAAAAGUGGAAAACUAAAUUCAACAAAAUGCAACUGAAGUAGCCUAGCAGCUGGAAGCACAGAGAACUGGGACCAAGUGACCAGUCAUCCAUCCUGCUGCUGGAAGGUGGGAGAUGCCAGCAGCAGGGGACUCUGCCCACCUCCAUGCUGAG